AACCUUAAAAAGUAGUCUUGUACUUCUAAAGUUACAAUUUCCCCUUACCUCAAAAAAGAAGUCCUUUUUUUUCUUAAAGAAAAAAAAUCUCAAUGUUUGUUAUAUCUCUGAAUGUCUUGUCUUUUUAGCUGCAUCAAAUAGUUUCCACAUCAAACCCCAUACUCAUUACGACUCUUUCUGCCCACUCCUCCAUCCCCCCUUUCUUCCCUCUCCCAAAACUACCACCAACUCAAACAAGAAGAAAAGAUAAUCAGACUGUGUUCUUUCAUUAGCAGCCUUUCAUUCAAUUCCUCUUGAAAACUCUUCUCCUUGCAACUCCUUCUCCGCUAAAACUCCUCCUCCAACUAUCCAUGUUCUUCUCUUCAAACCACCCUUCCCUCAGCUUCAACUUCAACCAACAUGAAGACCACUCUGAGUCUGAGAUAAACCCUAACCAAAGCCAUCCUGACCAUGGAAUGGAACCCAUGUUUGAAAAACCCUUAACCCCCAGUGAUGUUGGCAAGCUCAACAGGCUUGUUAUUCCCAAACAACACGCCGAGAAAUAUUUCCCGCUCGCCGCUGACUCCGUCGACAAAGGCUUGUUGCUCAGUUUCGAAGACGAGUCCGGCAAGUUUUGGCGUUUCCGUUACUCGUAUUGGAACAGCAGCCAAAGCUACGUGUUGACAAAAGGGUGGAGCAAAUACGUCAAAGAGAAGCAACUUGAUGCUGGCGACAUUAUUUUAUUCCUGCGACACCGUUCAGAUGGUGAUAGGUUCUUUAUAGGGUGCAGGAGGCGCGGUGCACCGUCAGCACCGGCUGAUGCCGGCAACACCCUUAUGGGAAAUAAUACAUCCUGUGGAGGCGGUGGCGAUACUAGGGGACUUUAUCAUGGGCAUCCUUAUCUUGGGCACAUUCAAGGUCAUGCUGCUAAUCUGCCAUACCGCCCUGGCUGCCUUCAUGCAGGUACACACACACACACACACACACAUAUAUUGAGAAAAUCUUAAAUUUAGCAACAAAAUUAGAAGGAAAUAAUUGUGUGAAUAGCAUUUUUAUAUAUUUUUGCACUUCUAGGAAGUAUUGUUGAAAAUGAAGGUAUAGCAGCCGGGAACCCAAGAAGGCUGGUGCGCCUGUUUGGGGUGAACCUAGAGUGCCAGCUCGAUGGGUCGGAGCCAUCCACGCCUGAAAAUAGCUCGUCGGUGUCGGUGUCAAGCCAGCAGGGCCCAACCACCCACCAGUUUUAUAACUCUCAGCUGUCAUACACUUCAAACUACAUGGAUAUUACCUUCUCCCGAGAUAUGAACCAGAUGAGAAAUCAUCAAGGAUAAGAUCUGAAGAUGUGACAUCCUGGAUUUUAUUUUUAAUUCAACCUCCCCACCUUGGAAAGGUCAAACAAAUUAUUCUUCUUCUUCUUCUUCUUAUUAUUAGCGCUUCUGGUAGUAACUUUAUAUUUUUCUUAAAGUAGAAAAAAAAAUCCAUUGAAUUAGGCAGCUUUCCAAGGCACAAUAGAGGAGAUGGGAGAUGGUCAGGAAAAUGUGGUGAUGUAAGAAAAUUGCCACAAGGGGAAAACUGGGUAUUUGAGGGACUGUUGAUUUUUCAUAGGGGGAGAGAGAUAUUGAUAAUCAUAAUAAUGGAAGGGUAUGGUGAUGGUGUUGGGUGGUGGUUCUUAAAUAGAUGGGCUACCAGCCUCUCUCCCUCUUUAUGACUUUUUUCUGUAGUGUAUCUAAUUAUGUAAGAAAGUCCCCAGGGGAAGGGAGGGGAGCCAAGCCCAAGCAAAGUUUUAUGCUCUCUACUAUGUAAUUUGCAGAAAUCAGAAUCUGAAAAGCUCUUUAGAAAUACAA